AUGGAGAGCCCUUCCGUCUUGUUCGAGAAGGCGAUCCCAGUGACGAUCAAGAGCUCCAGCGAUCGACAGGCGCAGCUUACAUUCCGGAUUCUCGUGGGACGCAGCAAGCAUCCACGCAGCAGCAAGGUCCUCCAGGUCCAGAUUUCGGAUGAGCUCGAUCCGUUCUUUCUCUACUCGCUGGAACUAGACGACGAGGAUUUCAAGAGUCUCAAGGUCGACCAGUGCAUCCUCGUCGAUUUCUCGGUUUUCCCUCACAAAUUUAUCGAGCUGCUGGAGCACUGUCUCGACGCCAAAAGCGAAGAUCAUCGAUUUCUGGCAGUCUUGAAUGUCCGGACGGGGGAUUCGACGCUUAAUGUGGUCGAAACGAACCAGUUCAAGCACGUCAACCAUAUCUCCCUUUGCUUUAGACAGGGUAACGAUGCCACUGUGAAGUCAUAUCUUGCUGCAAGGCUGGGUGACUAUAAGGGAGAAAAUCUGGAUCUUCAUCAAAAGCUCCAAAAGACACUGGAAUCUCUCGAGAAUUCCAUCAAGGAAGCUGAUAAACUGAAAGAAGAUCUUGGCAGCUUCAAAGGAGCAUAUUCACGCGAAGUUACGGAGUUGACUGCGAAGCACACUGUGGACGUGUCUCGUGUGAAGGAGAAGGCAAUGCAAGAAUGUCUUGCGAUGAAAGAAAAGCUGGAGCGAGACCGUGCCGACAUGGAAUGUCGCCUACGCUUGAGAGCUGAUGCUCAGGAGAGUCACGUUUCCCAGCUGGACAAACAGUUGCGUGAGUUGACGAAUAUAAGGCACAAUCUAGAAGUUAAAACUACUGAGUACAAAACGAAACUUGAAGUUACUGAAAAGGAGCUUGAAGAACGGCAUCAGGAAUGUAGUUCGCUGCGCAAAAAAAAUGUGGGCUACGACAACAAGCUGCAAGACUACUCCAAGCAAAUUAACCAGCAUCUGAUUCGCUUGGCUUCUCUAGAACAGGAAGUUCAAGCGAAGAAUGAUCUGCUUUCCAACAUGACUAAUCGACUGGAAAGUGAACUGUCUCAUCGGGCAGCUUUGGAGAUGGCUUUGAGGGAUGCUCAAGCCGCACAUGAACGGUUGGAAGAAAAAGCAAGUGCAAGCAUCGCCGAGGCAAACCGAUAUUCCCAAGCUGUCGAGAGGCUGCAGGGUGAGCUCAGGGCAAGCAAAGCUAAAGUGAAGCUCAAAGCACAAGUAACGUCACAACAGGAGACAUUACUUCAAGAAAGGCAAGUGACAAUUGAAAAAAACACGGCCGACAGCAACUUCAUGCGUCAAGAAAUAGCGAGCUUAAAGUCCGACAACGAUUGUUUGAGAAAGAAGGUGGACGAGUCCAAGGAAAAACUGGAGGAAAUGCAAGAGAUGGCAAAGUCUAACCAGCAAAUGAUUCAGUGGCUAAACCAGCAACUCACGGAUUCACAGCUCGCAAAGCUUGGACACCACUCUAGAUACUGCUACAAGAGUGGCGACAGCGCAACGAGAGGAUUCGCAAGCCAGACGCUGUCAUCACUGGUUGGGAGCUUAUCAUCGCCGCCACCACUCAAGUCGAGCAGCAGCAUUCUUCCACACACGCAAACACACGCGCACCUUCACGCCUCCAGCCCGAGCAGCGUCCUCACAAACUCGUUACUCUCGAGCCGGGGAGCUACAAACGGCUCCUCACCCGUGUCCAACACCGGCAUCAGCAAAGUCGUAUUCAAGCCUCCACAGAGCUGCGGUGGUGGUGGCGGUGGCGGUGGCGGUGUCCACUCGAGCAGCGCGACGCCGACGACCCCGACGCCGCUGGAGACAUCGUCUCAGACGACGAGCGUUUCGAUCUACAAGACGGACAACCUCGAGAGCAACCAGCGGACGUUCACGGUGGACAUGAGGCGCAAGCCACACCUCUCGCUCGCGGAGCCGACGAGGCUUCCAUACAGCUCCAGCCAGAUGGUUCGCAGCGGCGGAUUUGGCACGAGAACCGGAAGAACAACGGACGAAGAAAUGUCGUCCAUGUCUUCUCCAGUCAGCAUUGGUUGACUUUAAGGAAAAAUUUGACCGUUGAAAGCCAAA